UUUAUUACUUUUCACUUUAUAGUUGUGUUUCAAUUUCCAAUGGAGCAUCUGCCUGAGCCGAUACUGCUCGAGAUCCUAACUCGUCUCACCGAUUCAACCGAACUCGCACGGUGCCGGCUCGUUUCCAAAACAUUCAACAAACUGAUCUUCUCCGAUAUCCGUUCAAUAAACCUUACAUGCACCUUAUCCCGAUAUCUAAAAUCAAGGUCCCCGAAUACAAAAGACCAAAUUACUCCUUUCAAGAGGAUAUUCAACAGGCUAGUGAAUCGCAGCGAUUCAUUGGUUGUUGAUUCUGUUACAAUUGGUGUGGAGAAGUCGCUCUGCGGAAUAACGUAUGACGAUGUGGAAGAGGAUGAGUGGUCAGAUGAUUUGUAUUUGAGCGAGGUUGAGUUUGUUAAAGAGUGGCUGCUGUUGCCUAGGGUUUGUAGAGAGCUGAAAUUUCUUUCUAUUUCCGAUUUCUGGAUUCAAGCAUGUUGGCGACGCUCUCAGAUUUUAGCUCUUGUUUCUUCUUGCUGCCAUGGUCUUCUUGAGCUUGAGGUGAAGAAUUCUUGGCUAUCAGUAGAUGGUUUGAUUCCAAUGCCCGUGCUUACAAGUUUAACACUCGAGUCUAUAAGACUAGAUGAUGAGAACUUAAGCAAGGUUAACCAUUGCUUUCCUUGUCUAAAAGUUCUCAAUUUGGUAGGAGUUGGAGGACUUAGAGAACCAAAGAUCCAUCUCUAUCACCUUAGAACAUGCCGAUGGACAGUGUCAAACGCUCCAAAUUCUCUAUCUAUUUUUGCUCCCAACCUGUUGAAACUUGAGCUUAAUUGCAUCGAACCAAGAUCUCUUAUUCUGGAAACUCCAUUGUUGUCUGAUUUCUACCUUUCUAUACGGAAAGCAAAUAAGUUUAAAGUAAAACAGCUACAUGAUUUGAAAAUCUUACAGCUUGAAUCGACCGAUAUUCUUAGCCUCAUACGUUUGUUUCCUUCUAAUAGUUCAGUUGAGAGGCUGACAGUUGACUCUCCGAAAUAUGCAAUUCAAACUGAUGAAAUGAUUAGGCUUAACCUGGAGAUGCUGUUUGAUGUGUUCAUGAAUGUGAGCUCACUUACUUUGUUGUCCGCUGCUUGGUCUGAUAUGGAGAAAUGUUUUCUCACUAAUGGUUUGCGGCAUGAUAUGGAAAUGAAGGAGUUGAAAGAAGUAAUUGUACAAUUAGUUAUACAAGAUAUUGAUGUUACUUUGUCAUUUAUUUUCACAAUCUUGGAUAAGUGCACCAAUUUGUCAGAUGUUGGACUGCUCAUUCACUGUGAAGUAGAUCCAAAUGUUGCCAGCAGCCUCCUCUCUCGAUGUAAAGCGGAUCAUCCAAGAAUUAGAUGGAGAUGGGGAAUGUGGAAGGAAGGCUCAAAAGGCACCUGGAUCUCUGAUGGCAUCUAUCCUGCUACCUAGUUAUUUGACCGAGGUAGAGAAUAAGCCUGAUCUGUUUUAGCACUGCUAAAUACACUGUACAAACUAGUGUAGUUACAGGAGCUUGGGAAUACAAACAUUACAAAAACAUAAGGCAGAUGCACAUGAACCUCAUACAGGAUGGUUGAUGUGUCACUUCAAGCUAGCACAGUUAGUAUACAAUGGUAAGAAGCUUAUAUAUGUACUGCAUACUUGUGUCAUGGUCUGAUCUUUGGGUGUUAAAUAAUGCAUAUUCUUUGUAAAGAUAAAUUUAGCAAGUUCCCCAACUUCUCUCACUGCACAAUUUCUGAAGUUGGAGAAGAAUUUGCUGAUGGGUGUUUCUUUUGCAAUUUGUACAGUAGAUUUGUAAUUUGGGAGUAGAAAUACUGCCCUGAGAUUGUCAGUAAUAAAUAGCUGAUUAAGUUGUUAUGCUCC